AUCUAUCCGUGUACGUAUGUGGAAUAUUCUUCUCAUUGUAUUUGGAUUUUCUUAGCCAUACUAGAUUAGAAUAAAUAAUUACUAACUAGUAGGUGUGCGCGUGGGUAGAAUGGUGACCCCCACACGGACGCAAAGGGGACACAACACACCUAUGGCUAGGUACUAGGUAGCACCUAGCUUCACACCACUGCAUAUUGCCUGCAGGAAAAACUCAAGGCCAGCAACAAGGCUGCUUGAUCGUGAGAUCAUGAAAAGCAUUUCCAUAACACAUUUCUUUGUUACCUCUCAAGCAUAUGUGUAGCACACACCAAUGUUUCAAAUGUCGGGAACAUACAUAUUCCCGGCCAAGCUGCAAAUAAUUCCAGAUUUUCUUUUCUUUUUUUUGGAAGUUUGAAAAUUCUCUAAAUUUCAAUGAGAUUUGGGCUAAUUUAUGCUUUGCUUGAAUUGGGCCGGAUGAUUCAAGGCUACAGAUAUUCCGGCGCCCGGCAACGAAUCUACUCGAAUUUCGUCGAAAUUCCGGUCGAUGUCUCGUGCAUACAGACGGACGGACGGAGUACAUACAUAUAUACACACAUACUCCCUCUGUAAACUAAUAUAAGAGCAUUUAAAUUACUAAAGUAGUGAUCUAAAUGCUCUUAUAUUAGUUUACGGAGGGAGUAGAAAAGAAGAACUGGUCCAUUUGAUGGGAAGAAGAAAGGAAGAGAAAAUGAAAUGGGCUCUUGGUAGUGACUUGCCAAGGUGGAUAAUGUUGUUGCAUGCUUGUGAAACUUGGAAUCUUGCACCCCCAUCAACAUGAGAGAGUUGGUUGAGAUGUUGAGGUAACUAACUACUCAACUAACUUGCAUGCCCUACCUUCCUUUUUGAGCAAGCUGCUAGCUUUGCUUCCACUGUUGGAAGUCCCCAAACAUAAAACUCAUGCACCGUCCACCCCAAGCAACCCCUCUCCCCUCUCCUCUCCAUGGAGGAGUUCAACCAGAAGAAAUAUUCCUCAUCUUCUUCUCCCUCCCUCUCAGCUAACCUCUCUAGCUCCCGCCAUUGAUCGUCAAAGCUUAUAUAUACCGCAGGCUCCUCCGACAAGACAAGAUCGUCCCUUCUCCCAUCCCUCCUCUCCUCCAUUGAUCCAUUCCCACAAGCAAGAAACAAACAGAGCUCCACCGCCAAGAAACCUCCACCAAUGGCGAACACCAAGAAGAGGGAGAUGGUGUUCUUCGACGUGGAGGCGGCGCCGCCGUCCGGCGAGUGCCGCCUGCUGGAGUUCGCCGCCAUCCUCGUCUGCCCGCGCCGCCUCGUCGAGGUCUCCAGCUACUCCACCCUCAUCCGCCCGGACGACGCCGGCGCCGACGGUGGCGUCCUCUCCGCCUCCUCCGCCGCGCCCUCGUUCGAGGACGUCUUCCCGGACAUCUUCGAGCUGCUGGACGGCCGCGUGUGGGCGGGCCACGGCAUCCGGCGCGCCGGCUGCCCGCGCGUGCGCGGGGCCUUCGCCGCCUUCGGCCUGCCCGCGCCGGAGCCCGUGGGCGUCGUCGACUCCCUCGACGUGCUCCUCGCGCAGGGCGCGCAGGGGUGCUUCGGGCCGGCCGGCGCCGGGGACGACGGCCAGGAGGACGAGGAGGCGGCGGCGGCGGCCCUGGCGGAGCACUUCGGGAUCGGCGCGCGGCGGGCGCGGGGGCUCCGGUGCCUGGACGGCGCGCGCGUGAGCCUCGAGGUGCUCAAGCACUGCGCCGGCGUGCUGCUGCUCGAGUCCAGCCUCCGCGGCGACGUGCCCGCCGGCGCCAGCCGCAGGAGCAAGCCGGCGGCGACGCCCAAUCCCAUCAGCAACAACACGCUGGAGAAGGCGUUUGCCCUCGCGGCGGCCAAGACGACGACGCCGGCGAAGGCGGCCACGGCCCCUCCUCCUCGGUCUCCUGCUGCUGCUUCUCCGGCGGCUGUUCAGAAGGUGAAGACGAGCACGGGGAAGAGGGACAGCACGGGGCAGGUGGUGGUGGUGAAGAAGGGCGCGACGGCGGCGACCGUGACGACAACGACGGCUACCGGCGGUCGCCGGGUUCGCCCGCCGGCGCCGCCGUUCAGCAUGAUCCUCAGGCACUCGAGGGCCGUCAUCAGAUGAGAUGAUCGAUGAUGAUCCAAUCAUCUCAUCUCAUCUCACCACUGAUUAUUGCACAGCUUAAUUGUAGCUCUGAUCCAUUAAUUCACCCAAUUCAUUCAUAUUUGCAUUCCUUCAUUCAUUUGUAAACUGUACAUCAUAGUUAACCUUGACUCAGGUUUAGUUUGACAGCAAUGUUUAGUGUAACCAUCAGCAUCAUCAUGUUGUAAAAACACAGCCCAUUUCAUUUUAUUUGUGAAUAAAUGCAAUUUGUAACCAAUUGUUGUACAGAUGGGGCCCUCAAUUUGCCUCAACUAUGAAUAACAAUUCAUCAUUCAUUUCA